UUGAAGUCUAGGGUUUCAGGGGAGAUAGUUCUUCACUGGCAUCGAAACUGGAAACAACUCGAGGAAACCAGAAUUGUCGAAGAAUUUUCAUGAUGUGCUGCUCACACUUCAGUUGUGGAAAUGCAAUUCGAUGUAGGAGGACUUUUUGGAUAUUCGAGAUGGAGAUCAAAGGACGUGUCGCUUUGAUAACCGGAGCUGCUUCUGGAAUCGGCAGAACUUAUGUCGAGGAGCUACUUAAUCAUGGAGCCAAGGUCUCGAUAUGUGAUAUAAAUGCUGAAGAGGGUGAGAAACUUGCAAACAGUCUGAUGACAAAACAUGGGAAGGAUAAGGUGAUUUUUUGUCAAUGCGAUGUCACUGAUUAUCCCCAGUUCGAAGAGUCAUUCAGGACGACUAUUUCAACAUUCGGACAUAUUGAUAUCGUUAUCAAUAACGCUGGCAUUAUGAAUGACAGAUUCUGGGAGCUCGAAGUCGACAUUAAUCUGAACGGCGUUAUCAGAGGUACCCUCCUCGCCCAACGCUACCUCGGGAUUGAUAAGGGCGGAAGGGGUGGUGUUGUCGUGAACACUGGGAGCAAUGUGAGCUUAAAUCCAUAUAUCAGUGUGCCAAUUUAUUCUGCGACGAAAGCUGCUAUUGUCAGUCUCACGAGAGCUUUUGGCGACAAGUAUCACGUGGACUUGACAGGCGUCAGUGUAAUGGCACUGUGUCCAAGUGCGACGACUGAUAGUAAUUUAAUUCGUGAUGUUGGAAAACAAUUAUUAAUACCUCGUUAUGAGGACGCCUGGCGUCGGGACACAGCCUCCAGUGUGCCACAAAAAGCUGACCACGUGGGGAAAGCACUCAUCCAAGUCUUGAAUGUUGGAAAAAGUGGCAGCGUAUGGCUCGUGGAAAACAGUCAACCGGCUCGAGAAGUUGUACCACCUAAGAAUCCGCCCAGGUAUCAUUUGAUCUUCGUCCCAUGGCAGCUCUUUAAUGAGAAUUUUCGAGGAGCUGCUCACUGCGACAUCGAGUUUAGUGUCAGUAGCUCCUCCAUAAAUUCACGUAGCUCAUAUUUCGCACGUGAAGGACCUGGAGAAAAUUUUCAAGUGAACAAAUCCAAAAGCAUGAACAUACGAUGUCUACGUCCGAUGUUCCACCGAAUUGAUCGAGCCCUUUCGAUUAUUCCACGUCGAGAGUUGGUUGCUGCUGUCAAAGAGGAAGUAAAUAACAAGAAGAAGAGGAGGAAAGGGAUCUGGCCCUGGUCCAAAGAGCCCGAGGAAGAGAAAAUAAAAAUUUUAAGACCAGGAGAAUGCGAAGGGGAAGUGACCUUUCUCGACCCAAAAUGCAAAGUGGCGAUAAUCGUCAACGGAGGUAAUAGCUUCGGACUCUCAGCAGCGCAUUCCCUACUGCAUCACGGGGCUAAGAAUGUCAUUGUGGCGGAUGACAGCCCAUCCGCUGGACAAAGGGCGGUCCAGCAGCUGUGCGACAUGCAUGGAAGAGAUCGUGCACAUUUUGCACUUUGUGGACUGAAUAGUGUCUGCAAAUUUGAAGCUGUAUUCGACUCUGUGCUGUGCAGACAAAGGAACAUUCAUAUUUUGUUUAAUAAUCUCGAUGGUACCACAUCUCCGUCGCAAUCAUGUGCUGAAACUGAUGAGGGUGACGGUAGCUGGAGCAAAACUAGACGGGCCAUCGAGGUGGGGGUGAAAUUCAUGGGGAAACACAACGGGGGGGAGGGGGGAAUUAUCAUAAACACGGCCAGAGUCCUCGGCUUCAUGGGAUGGCCAGAGGAGCCGGUGCCUGUUUACUGCUCCAAGGAGCCGGUCCAGGAGACGACGCAGGAUUUGGCUAAAAUGUAUCAGUUCGAAGAAACUGGGGUGAGGAUUAUCAGUCUUCUGGAGACUUCGCGGCCCUUUGAGGACAUUGGUUUACCUGAUUUUCCCCCUACCGAUGGGAAACUGGAGAGGGGAAGGCCCGUGUUUACCACAUGCACGUCGGCAAUGGAAUCGAAAAUUGGUAGAGCGAUUGUUCACCUCCUGGCGAAGGCUGAGAACGGGAGCGCGUGGCUGAUGGAGUCAGCGUCACCCCGAGAAUUACCGAGGCUUAUUCAUUUCCCGAGUAAAAAGGGCGAGAAGGUCGAUCCAAAGGUCUAUGAUGAUCUGUCAUGUUCUACCUUCCGAAAAUUCUGCGCAUCUCCGAAGGACAGUAAAUGUUGCCCAGAUGUCAAGACUCAUUGCCCUCCUCGGAACCCAAAGAAAUGAAAAAUCGAAGGGUACAAUCCACAUGGACACAGCAUAAAUAAUGAAUAACUAUAUUAUUAUUUAUUGGGCGAGUACAAAAAUAGUUUCAUGCAUCAGACAAUUUAUAAAAGCGCAGCCUCUUGGUCAAUAUUUCACAGCAGUGAUGGAAUCUUAAUUGAGAUUGUCUUGGUUUCCAGAUAGCCCUCGAGGCCAUCCUCGCCGCUAAAAAAAAUUAAAAUAUUCAGAAAUACAUUUUUUAAUGGAUAAGUUUGAUUCAAAUACUCACAGCUCACGGCCAAUUCCAGAUUUCUUGUAUCCUCCGAAUGGAGUUUGCGGGGUGAUGGCGUCGUAGCAGUUGACCCUGAAGACCACAGAAAGUUGAAUUUAUCAUUAAUCACAUUUAAUUUUGAUUGGAAUCCUAUUAAACAACGAAUUCCCUUUUCCCUUUUUCUGAUAAAUAUUUCCGAACCACAAAUGGAAAUUAAAAUAAAAUUCAUCCGAAUGUCCGAUGGACUUAGAAUUUCUCCGGGAAAUCUCCGCGUUUUUGUCCAAUUUUUUUCACGUAUUUUGUUCCCUUACCAGACACUUCCUGCUUCAACAGCGUCGGAGAACAGAAGAGCCUUGUUGAUAUCAUUCGUUAUGACCGCAGCCGCGAGGCCAUAAGUGGUGUUGUUCGCUCUCUCAAUGACUUCCUCGAGAGUAUUGAAUUUCAGAAUGGACUGAACAGGUCCGAAGAUCUCCUCCUUAGCGAUUCUCAUAUCAUCUUUGACAUUCGAGAAGAC